AUGUCGAAAUCAGAUAGUGCGAAUUACGAAAUUUUAAAGAAUUUUGCUGCUGGUGGUGUUGGUGGCACAUUCUGUGUUGCCAUGGGUCAUCCUUUUGAUACCGUGAAGGUACGAUUACAAACGAUGCCAAAGGUGGUACCAGGCACUCGACCAUUGUAUACAGGAGCAUUAGAUUGUGCUAGGCAAACCAUUGUUAAAGAAGGAAUUUUUGCUUUAUAUAAGGGUAUGAGUGCUCCUAUUAUUGGAGUCACGCCUUUGUUUGCCGUUUAUUUUGGCAGUUGUUCGUUUGGUAAAUGGUUGCAGCAAACAUCUCCAGAUCAAGAAAUGACAUUCGCUCAAAAUCUCUUGUCAGGUGGCCUUGCUGGUAUUUUUACAACUGUGAUCAUGGUACCUGGUGAACGUAUCAAAUGUUUGUUACAGGUUCAACACGCAGGUCCCACAGAUCCAUCUUCAGAACAUUACACUGGACCAGUUGAUGUCUUUCGGAAAUUAUACAAACAGGGUGGUAUAAGAAGCAUUUACAGGGGUUUAAUGGCAACUUUGCUUAGAGAUGUUCCAGCUAGUGGUGUUUAUUUAGCCACUUAUGAACAUCUCAAGAAAUUGUUUGCUGGGGACAAUACAACCAAAGAUUUGAAUCCAUUGUCAACAUUAAUGGCGGGUGGUUUGGCAGGUAUUGCUAACUGGUCUAUCUGUAUUCCACCUGAUGUAUUGAAGUCGCGUUUACAAACAGCACCAGAGGGCAAAUAUCCGGAAGGAAUACGCAGCGUAUUUAAAGAAAUAAUGCGUGAAGAAGGUCCAAAAGCGUUAUUCAAAGGUUUUACUCCGGUAAUGUUGCGCGCCUUCCCAGCGAAUGCCGCAUGUUUUCUGGGAUUCGAAUUAGCUCUAAAAUUUUUCCACUUCAUAGAAACCAAAUUCAGUUAA